AUGGAAGGCGAAGCAGGUGCAGAGUCGCUGCUGUCUGGGCUGCGGGGGAGUCCCGUCGAAUUCGCGUCUCCUGAGGAAGGACCAGAGAGUUCCAUGGAUUCGGACAUGGCUGCUUCGCAGCCCUCGGCGCCAGUUCCUGGUCUCGAAGCGCCUUUCCUGGAUGCAAGCACGGCAGGCCUGCAGGUCGAGGCGCAGUCGCCGGUGCGCGCUGCGUCGCUCCAGAGUAACGUCGCGACUCCGGAAGCGUACUGCGAAGACAGCGCGAUGGAUGAAGCGGAGUCGGAGACGCGCGGGUCCGGCUUUUCGAACGUGGAGGAUCAGGAGGGAGCGAUGCGAGAAGUCGAGCAAGUCGCGAGUGAACCGGAGAUCGCAGCUGCAAUCUUGGCCGACUCUGCGCGCUCUCCCCUCUUCCUCGCCACUCAGCGACCGGACGCGGAGACUCUGGGGGCGCCGACCGAGCAGGGUGCCGCGUGCGCCUUCAUUCCAGGCCUGCAGGAAGUCUUUCCGCGUGCGGAGCGAUCUGUGGAAGAACGUGCGGUGACUCCCCAGGGCGAGCUCCCCGCCGCCACAGGCUCCGUGACUCCAAGCGCGUGCGGGCCUGGAGACGCGAAGGCUUCUCAGGCGACUCCGCAGCCAGAGCCGCGCGUGUCGGUUGGGUGUAUCGACACGCCGAGCGGCGGCACGGUGCAGGGGGUGGACGCGGGCGCAGAGGAAAGGCAGGAGCGAGGCGAGGAGCGGAUAGCCUCGUCUUCCGAGGCGGAGGGCGUCGCGCGGGAAGGCGUUGCAGAAGGCGAGAAGAAGUGGGAAGAACCUCCGACGCAGGAACCCAAGGCCUGUGGGAAGGAUCCGAGUGCGCUCGACGCAGAGGCCGUGGAUGCGGAAGUUGCAGCGCGCGCGGCAGAAGCCGUGGACAUCGCCGUGGCGGCAGGAGCAGUCGAUUUGUGCGGCGGUCGGUCCGCCUCGAUGACUGCGGCGGUGGGCUUUUUGGGAAAUUCGGCGCAGCUCGGCCUGAAGGGUGCUCCGACGGUGUCUCCGGGCGGGACCUCGGUGGGGGCAGGCCCGAAGGAGAAGAGUGCGGCCGGUGCGGGCCGGAAGAAGGCGAGUGUCCCGACGCCGAAUGACGUGUGGAAGGAUCGACUGAAGCUGUUGGAGGGGUUCUUGGACGUGGAGAGCAUUCUGUUGUUGAAGCAGUGCGCGCGGGUGUUCUACCGGCACAAGUACAGGCCGCACGACGGCGUGCUGUGUUUUCACAACUUCCGGGGAUACGACCCUAAAGUUGUGAUGGAGACGGUGUUGCCGCUCGCGUCGCGCUCGAUUCACCCGGCGAUUCGGGAGCGCGGCCUCACGCUCGACUUUAGUCACUGCACGCUAAUGAAGGAUGCGAGUGUGGCCCGACUGAUGGACGCAGUUCACGGCGAGAAGGAGGAGAACCAGAUUCUGGGCAACCUCAAGGCGCUCUGUUUGGAUUUCUGCUCGGAAAUUACUGACAAGGGUCUCUCCGCGAUGCUGACGACCUAUCUGCCGCACCUCGAGCGCGUCUCUGUCCGCUGUGCGCGGAGCACAGAGCUUACCUUUGUGAGUGUCAUGAAGCACCUGAGUGCCGAGCGCUGGCCCAAACUGAUCUACUUCGACGCAAGCUUCACAAACAUCUGGUUAGAAGCUGCGACGGCGAUCGCGGACCAACUCUUCAUGAACGCCGCGCGCUUGACCGCGCUGCACCGCGACGAGGAGGAACGCAAGCGCCGCGAGGCCGAGCGACGCGCGGCCCCCAGACAGGGUGUACGUACACCCGAGGAGACACGCGAGCAGCCGGCCGGGAUGGGCCACGCAGGCGGCGCGCUGCGACUCGCGGAGCACGCCGUCGCUGAGGAGACGUGCGCUCCUGACGCAAACGCAGAGAUGGUCGUGGAGGGAACGGAGUGCGAAGCUUCGAUGCCCGUCGACAACGACGCCAGCACUGUGUCGCGGCUGUCCUCGCUGCAAGGCCCGGAAAUCACCACCUCGCCGCUGUCGCCUCUCGCGGAUAUGCACGGCACAUCUGAGCCAGCAGACGCGUGGUUCCCCGAAGACGCAGAUGCACGUGCCAGAGACGGAAAGGCGAGAGGAUCUGGAUUCUUCGUGACGCCUUCACUGGAAAUCAUCGGCUCGGUUGCCUCGAAGUCUCUCCUGCUCAAAGUCGGAAUGGAGGCGCACUACUGCACCUUCUGCCAGGCAGUGAAGACGGGAGACUGGGAAACCGUCUCUCUCGUCACCAAACGCCUGCAGAAAGAGCUGAGCGAACUGGCGGCAUCGGCGCCGUUCAAAAGCAGUCGCCUCAUUCUUCUGCAGCAGUUCCGCGGAAGCGAACUUCUAGUCAAUGCGCCCUUCACGGUGGAGACGAGCGAAGAGGGAGGCGUGAACGUCUUGACUCUCCCCAUCUCGAUUGCCAUCCAGCGGAUGGACACAGAGACACUCGGCGUGCUGCUGAAGCGAGGCGCGAAGAUCGAGGUGUGCGACUACUUGGGGAAGUCUCCGUUGUAUCGGGCGUGUGAAGUGGGUCGCCGCGACAUGGUUGAGACGUUGUUGGUGGACUACGGAGCCUCUCCAGAGGCGCCUGAUGUGCGGAGCGAGUUGUUCCCGCUGCACACGGCGGUGAAGAAGAAGGACGUGGAAAUAGUCCAGCUGCUGCUCAGGCGCGGCGCGUCUCUCGACCUGAAGUGUCCGGCAGUGAAGUCGUACAAGAGUGCGCUCUUCGUUGCGUGCGAAGUGAAUGCCCCAGAAAUUAUCCAACUCUGUCUCGAGGCAGGCGCCGACCCGAACUGGAAGGGACACAACUCCUACACGCCGACUCUCCUGGCGUAUCAGCUGAACAGCGCGUGGCUACCACACUUCCUGGACGCAGGGGCGGGGAUCCCAAAGAGUCGGCGGUGGGUGUUGACUGAAGUGCUGUCCUGCGCCAUCGCGAAGAAUGACCUCGUCUCCGUGGAGUUGCUUGUUCGCAAAUUCCCCGACUUGCUGUCUCGGAAUCACCAGCUGUGGAGCAGACCGCUCAUUCAGGCAGCAAAGCAAGGAAAAGCCGACAUCAUUUCUGCGCUCUUGGCAGCGGGUAGCGCAGUCGACGCGAAGAAGGAAGACGGGCAAACGGCGCUGCUGGCUGCAGCUGAAGAGGACUUCGUCGUCUGUGUGCACCUUUUGCUCGACGCCGGAGCAGAUAUCAACGGAACGAAUAACGCAGAAGUGGUGAAGCUGCUGCUGAACCGCGGCUGCGACGUGAAUAUUGGAGACAAGGCGAACGGCGAAGUGCCUCUGAUGAUGUGCAUUCGCAUGCGCAACGAGAAGAUGGCGUUGCAGAUCCUCGAGCUGGGCAAAAACUUGGAUCUCGAAAAGAGGGAUCACCAAGGGAGCACGGCGCUGUUGUAUGCAAUGUUCUUCGGGCAGUAUGUAGUUGCUGGCAUCCUGAUGGAUCGAGGUGCCGACGUGACCGUCAGCGACAGGGCUGGAAACAGCGCCUAUGCAAUCGUCAACGAACGUUUGAUGACGCAGGGCGCAGACAAGCGCGUCUUGCGCAAGUUUUUGCGUCUGUACAAGAACGCGCGCGAGGGGAAGCGGCCGCGGGUAGUGGCGGGUCUGGCGAACGACGUGCACCCGGCAGAGGAUUCUUCAGCGAGCGGAGGAGACAGCGGCCCAGACGCAGGUCAGGCGAUUCGCUCGUCGCGUCGGGAAACGUCUUCUUCGCGGAGCAGUCGCAGAACGCUGUCGAUCAUGGGGUCGAGCGUGAGCACGAUGGGCUCGACUGUCUCGGCGAUAGCGGCAGGUGGCUCGGCGACGCGCGCAGUUAUCCUCAGCUCAGGUGUACGUACACCGCCGCGCGAGGAUGACGGGCCGCAUAUGCAGCGGAGCGGUUCGAGUCCUGGAGCCCAAGAGACCUCGGGCAAGAGGCGAGGCGGUGGCCGCCACCGGAAGGACGGGCACGACAUGGACGUGGACGAAGAAGGUCGGCCAGGCGCAGGAGCGAGAUCCAAGAGCAGUGGCGCGGGUGGGAAGAAACUCAAACUGGAGCCGAAGAGCGUCUUGAACGUUGCCAGGCUUCCCAUCGCUCUCUUCCGGGCAGCGAAAGCCAAGUAG